UACGGUUUGGAAGAAGAGCUAGUUGCACAAGUUGCAGCAGAAAGUUUGGGAGGCUGGGCGGGUUCCCUAGACCCAGGAAAGGAGCCAGUGCCAAGGCAGCAGCAGGACUUUUUAAAACUUCUCCGAUUUGGGAAGGUGCUAGACAAAAAUAUGGAACUAAUUUCCUCAACAGUGAUUGCAAUCCUAGGUUGCGUUUCUCUGUUCUUAUUCCUUCGGUGGAAGAAUUUUCGUAGACCUCCGUGCAUCAAAGGCUGGAUUCCUUGGGUUGGAGCUGGAUUUGAGUUUGGAAAAGCCCCUCUAGAAUUUAUAGAGAAAGCAAGAAUCAAGUAUGGACCAAUAUUUACAGUCUUUGCUAUGGGAAACAGAAUGACCUUUGUUACUGAAGAAGAGGGAAUUAAUGUAUUUCUAAAAUCCAAAAGUGUAAAUUUCGAACUAGCAGUGGAAAAUACUGUCUAUCGUACAGCAUCAAUUCCAAAGAAUACCUUUUUAACACUGCAUGAAAAACUCAAUGUUAUAGUGAAAGGGAAAAUGGGGACUGUCAAUCUCUAUCAAUUCCCUGGGCAAGUGACGGAAGAAUUACAUGAACAACUGGAGAAUUUAGGCACUCAUGGGACGAUGGACCUGAACAACUUAGUAAGGCAUCUCCUUUAUCCAGUAACAGUGAAUGUGCUUUUUAAUAAAGGUUUGUUUCCUACAAACGAGAGGAAAAUCCAAGAGUUCCAUCAGCAUUUUCAAGCUUUUGAUGAAGGUUUUGAGUAUGGGUCCCAGAUGCCAGAAUAUCUCCUAAGAAACUGGUCAAAAUCUAAAAAAUGGUUCCUAGCACUGUUUGAAAAAAACAUUCCAGAUAUAAAAACAUACAAAUCUGCAAAAGGUAAUUCCCUGACAUUAUUUCAGGCCGUGAUGGAUAUCGUAGAGAAGAUAACAAAUGAACAAAACUGUCCCAAUUAUGGGCUCUUAAUGCUUUGGGCUUCUCUGUCUAAUGCUGUUCCUGUAAGUAUAUGGUUUCUGAAUUUUAGCCCAAAUCACCCAGAAAUUUUGAAUUUAAUUCUAAAUGGCAUCGAAGCCAUUCAAGGAAAGUCAGGCAAAGAUAAGAUUAAAGUGUCUGAAGAUGAACUGGAGAAACUCCUUCUAAUCAAAUGGUGUGUUUUGGAAACCAUUCGUUUAAGAGCCCCUGGUAUCAUUACUAGAAAAGUGAUGAAGCCAGUUAAAAUUUUGAAUUACAUCAUUCCUUCUGGUGACUUGUUGAUGUUGUCUCCAUUUUGGCUACAUAGAAACCCAAAGUAUUUUCCUGAACCUGAACUGUUCAAACCCGAACGCUGGAGAAAGGCAAAUUUAAAGAAGCACGCUUUCUUGGACUGCUUCAUGGCAUUUGGAAAUGGGAAGUCCCAGUGUCCUGGAAGAUUUUUCUUGCUUUUGAAGAUUCAAAUAUGUAUUAUCUUAAUGCUUUAUAAAUAUGACUGUAGUCUUCUGGACCCAUUACCAAAACAGAGUUCUCUCCAUUUGGUGGGAGUCCCCCAGCCAGAAGGACAAUGCCGAAUUGAGUAUAAACAAAGAAUAUGACAUCUGCUGGGCCUCAAGAGGGCCAGGGCCUUCUGGAGGAGUGACAUCACCCCCAUCGCUAAGCUGACAGCGCCUGGGCCUGCGCUCUGCUAAAAUAUGCUGCUUCACUUUGUUUUGGGACUUAAAGAAAAUGACCAAAUGCUGCAG